GGAGUCCGCGGAAACGGCGAGAGUACUUAUUUUAAACAUUUGGUGCUGACUAGCUGGUUAGCUGGUCAAUGUCUGGAGUCGACUGUUCCAGGCGCCUGUUCCGGUUUCCAUGUCGCAUGGUUCCGCGUGUACUGCUUAGGGAUUAGUCUCGUCUCGCCUCGUCUAGUCGCAUUCAAAGGUUGUUCAAAUCAAUUGUUGCAUUAUCCAACAAUACGAGAUUCAUCGAUAGAUCGUCUUUCAGAAAGCUUGAGAAAGAAGGAAGGCCUUGGUAUUGUGGGAACGAAGGAAAGGGAAAAAGCGGGGCCGCUAAGAAUUUAUCAAUCACUGAUCAAGCUGUUACCUGAUCGAUCAAAAUCGACUGGGAGUUUCUCGUUGGAUGUGUUUCGGAGAGUGAGUGGGUCUCUUCAUCCACCCAAGUGGUCCCCUGGCAGCGAAUGGGCGUGGAGAGCGGGAACCGCAGCGGAAAAACAGCGCGCCUGGCUCGGCCAUGGGCGCUGA